AUGCGUUUCACCGUCGCCGCCGCCAGCGUCAUCGCUUUCGCUGCUUCCUCCAGCGCCUCCCUCAUCACUGUCACCAACAACUGCGCCAACUCGGUCUUCCUGACCAGCACCAACAGCGCCCAGCAGACCAACGGCCCCAACGAGCUCAAGGCCGGAGCCAACUAUGUCACCCAGAUUGUCGGACAGGGCAACAGCCUCGGCGUCACCUUGAACAGCGACUACUACUCGCCCAACACCGCCAAGCUCAUUCUGGGCACCUCGACCGCCUCUGGCACUCUCUACUGGAGCGUCAGCAGCGUCAACGGCAACCCCUUC